CACGUUUUCUGAUGGCUCGUACAGAGGCAAAACCACUAAAGAGGAAGUGAUUAUGUCAUGGGAUGAGUUCCAUGACUGUGCCAACGUGGCGAUGGCCGGCUGUCCGGAGGAAGCUGCAGCUGUCUGGGAAUCUCUCCGCCAGGAAUCCAAGAAGAUGCAGUUUUCCGGAAACCUGUACGAUAUGUGCUCCAACCGCAACAACCACCCAAUAGCCUCAGUCUCUCCGCACGGCUCACCCAACCAGGAGGACAUCAACCAGGAGUCUCUAAGAGGGGGCGCUAAUCAUCUGGCAGCCUGCCUCCACCUCCUCAUGCUACUUUCUCCUCUGCUGCUGUUGUUUUGGGUAUAACUACCCCAAAGAAAUGGGACUAGUGUGAAUAGAUAUAAACUCUGUGUAUUUUUUCUUUGACAAGUCCAUAGACUUUCCACCGUUUUUUUUCCUCUGCCCUGCCAGGGGUUGAAUAUUUCUUACUGCAUGUUGAGAUGCCUGGCAGUCUUUUUGAUAAUGUAUCUGUAAACUGCCUGUGCCGUUUCAUGCAUAUUCUCUGCCUUUUAAUUAGUCUCUCUGUUAGAAAGGCGCACAAAAUUCAUGCAGAGAUACUCAACCACGGUACAAACAGGCCUGCAAACACAUACAUACUUAAAGCGAUGCAUACAGCAGCCUCAUGUCAUCUGUCUUGUAUAUGAAGGUUCCAUGGGGAGUCUGUCUUCCUGAGUGUGAGACGAUAAAAACGGCCAAACCUGAAAACAAAGUGAUGAAGAGGCCAGGUCCGACAACUAGCUAAACUAAUUAAUUUGUCCACUUUACUGUAUGAUGAAUUUGAUAAUUAUGUAAAUCUAACAUACCCGGCUUUACCUACCUCGCAGUUUGACUCAGUGGAUGUGAGGCGCUGUGAUAAGUCUCCAUUUUCCUCUUUCCUUCCUGGUCCCUGAACGCUGUGAAGUUUCUGUGACCAACAACAAUGACAAGCUAAAAGCAUGAAUACCAAUUAUACAAACAUUUGUACUGUACAGGAAGGUAGGCCUGUGCAUUUGUGGUUUGCUUUAAAGAUGUUUGAGGAAAAUGUUCCUAAAAUUUGAUAGCAAAAGAAAACCAAAGCAAGAUGUUCCUAAAAAACACCUGUGCCCAAUCCACAGUAAGCACAAUUAAAGAAAUAAAACAGUCAAAUAAAAAUAAAUUUUCAAAGCUCUUA